AUGGCCCGAGGGAAGAUCCAGCUGAGGCGGAUCGAGAACGCCGUGCACCGGCAGGUUACCUUCUGCAAGCGCAGAGCCGGGCUGCUGAAGAAGGCCAAGGAGCUGUCCGUGCUCUGCGAUGCUGAUAUCGGCCUCAUCAUCUUCUCCACUCACGGCAAACUGUACGAGCUCACCACCAACGGGACUAUGGAAGAGUUGAUUGAGAGGUACAUGAAGUCAACUCGGAGUUCAUGCAUGGGAGAAGUUGGAUCAGUUGUCUGUUCCAACCAGGAAGGACAAAGAGAUAUAGCGAUGACGAAGCAGCAGAUACAGUUACUGCAAAAGGGUCUCGUGAGCUACAUGAUGGGAGAGGGAAUGGGGAACAUGACGCUAGAAGAGCUGCAAUCGUUGGAAAAGCACCUCCAGCUGUGGAUCUGUCACGUACGAUCAAUGAAGGAUGAAGUCAUGCUCCAAGAGAUUCAAGUUUUGAGAAACAAGGAGAACAUACUCAAGGCAACAAAUGAGGUUUUGCGAGAGAAGGCAGAAGCAGCAGCAGCAGCAGCAGCAGCAGAAACAAAAGCAGCUAGCAGAGGCAAGAUGAUGAAGAUUACCAAGGUGCUGUUGCUGGCCUUCGUGGUGUUGGCUCCAUUGGCCAUACAGCAGGCGAGGGCGAGGGCGCUGGAGGCGAGCGGUCCAGAGGCAGGCGGGCCCGAGUCAGCAGAAGCAGAAGAAGUCCUGACUACUCAAGUAAAGGCCGUUCUUGGUUGCCUGGACGGAUUGGCUGAACACGUUGACGAGUUCUUCUUGAACUUGGGGCAGGGAAAGUACCUCGGGGAGCUUGCCUGCAAGGUUCUGGCCGACAAACCCCUGUGCCUGGACGCCCUCCAUUUCCUGCUGGACCUUGUCCAUUAUGAGGCCGGAGAUGUACGUGCUGCCUGCGGACUGCCGGGUAUCAGCCCCGCCGAUGCACCAAUUCCCACCAUCUAA